GCCGCCUCCGAUGACACCAGAUCGACUAAACAUCCAAUCCAAUCGACUUACAUCCAAUGUAACAAGAAGGCAGAUAUAGAACCAGAGAAAACGUCUGAAAGCAGGACCAGAGCAGAUACUCCGGCGAUAGUUUCGUUUGCGCAAUAUUCAAACUGGCGCAAUUCCGCAUGCAGCUGCGUUUUCGCCCUCGCCGACUCUGGUCACACUCUGCCGAAUAACCCCUAGCACAAGCACCAUGACACACCGCAGCCAGGACAUACCCAUCCGCCCGCGCUAUGGCUACACUGAGGAGGAGAACGAGCAGGGGGAGCACACGCAGCGGACGAGCAGUGACACACCCGCCUCAUCCUACACAGAAAUCCCCUUUCUGGCGCAAUAUCCGGGGGCAGUACCCGAUCACGUCCUGCAGGACAUCACCCCAACGGCGGCUAAUACGAACAGCCUUCCCGGCCAGGAUGGGGACGACAGCUACGUGAAUCUGGACUCUGGCGAGGAGGAAGAUCAGCCGGAGGGCGACGAUGACGACAGCAAUUCCAAAGACAGCUCCGGGGAGCCCCUCCAGAUGCGGGGCAAGUCGGAGACCAAUGCUCCGUAUGUGGAGUCCGGGGAAAUGCGACAUUUCGUGGCCCAUAAUCUGGAAGAAAAGCUGCGUGAGGGGGCUGGCGCUGGCACGCCUUUGGACUAUUCCUCGGAGCAUACGACGCCCUCCACAUCGAUGGGCCCUGGUGGAGGGGAAGGUAUCCUCACGCGCCGCUUUCUCCAGUCGCGGAAUAUCCCAGAGGUGGAUGGCAACGUGCUCAGCGACAUUGAGCUGGAGGCCCAGUAUCUGGCCACCUCGGUGGACAAUCUGCUAGAGAACCUGGGCAAUCUGCUGCACUCGAUCUCCUCGAUAACGGCCGACAAUGUGGAGGUGCACAAGAAUGCGGUGAACAAGCUGACGGAUACGCUGGAUGCGAACAUCAAAUGCCAGUACCAGCUGCUGGCCAAAACGGAGGAGAUCACCAAGUCGAUGAAGCCCACAGAGCGAUUGGGCCAAAGAAUCAGGGAGAUCAAGCGACUGGUGGACACUCUGGACAGCAUUAUGUAGGAUCGAAGCAAAACGAACAUGGAUUUGUGUGUGUUUUCUAGUCAUUACAUUCCAUUCCAAUCAUAAAGUAACAUUACAAAAACAAA